AUGAUAUGUCUAUCCUUUUAAAUAACUAAAACAAGUUCUUAAGUCUUAAUCUAUCUGAUAAUCAAUUUAUUANUUGAAAAAACCUUAGAAAAUACUGAGAAAUAUAUUCCUUUAUCUGUUGGAGCUAUGCUUAGCCAUAUUAGUUAUUUGGUUCAAAGAGAAAAGUAACUCAAAAUGAUCCUCAGUGAAUAAAGUAUUUCAAUCAAAUUCCAAGCUUUUCGCUAACUGAUUUAAGAAACCGAAAAAAAAACGAUUGCUGAUGAAGCUUAUUCACUCUUUCUUAAAGCAUAAGCAGAAUUCUAUAGAAAACUUAAAAGAUAAAAUUCAGUAGAUUUAACAAUCAAAGUCAGAAAAUCUUUCUCAACUAUUAAUGGAUUAUAACCAUUAUUGUUUAGAAAUAUGCUUAUGAAAGAUGCUAGUGAACUAAAAGAUCUUGCUAAAAUGGUUAAAAUUUAAAGCAAAGUCAAUUAAGAAACUUUUGAAACUGUAAAUGAAUCACUGGAAGAAAGUUCUUUAUCUAAUAUUGAAUCUAAUGAUUUAGAUUUAGUAGUCAAAAGUGCUUAAAGAAAAGGAAAGCUCUAAGCACAUCAAGAAAUUAGAGAAUUAUUAACUUAAAGAGAACUUCCUAAAAUUGUUUCUUAACAUAAAAAAUAAUUAAGUGUAGUAACAGAAGACUUACCUCCUGUUCAAUUCAAUUUGAAAAAAUGUAAUUCAACCAAAAAUAAAAGUCUAUUAGAACGUCAAUUAAAGUUGUAAAAAAUAAUUCCUGCUGAAGAAUUGUCUCAAUUUAACUUUCUUUCUUCAACAAGAUCAAAUAAAAAUUAUAGUUCUACUUAAGAAUAAACUUCUUCAGAAAAUUAAGGCGGAUGGUCAAAUAGUAUAUUGUCUCUGAAAUUGCCAACCUUAUAAUGA